AUGUUCACCGGUGAGAGAUUCCCCACAGAUGAAGCUACUACGCUCUUCUUCGGGAUCUCGAAGCUCUUUCAGAAUAAGGACCCUUCCCUGCGACAGAUGGUAUACCUUAUCUUGAAGGAGCUCUCCAAUACCGCCCAAGAUGUCAUCAUGUCUACAUCUAUAAUUAUGAAGGACACGUCCGUUGGCAGCGAUGUCCUCUACCGAGCAAACGCCAUCAGAGCCCUGUGCCGCAUAAUAGACGCCACGACAGUCCAAGGUAUCGAACGACUGAUUAAAACUGCCAUUGUGGACAAAACACCCUCGGUUUCCUCCGCCGCUUUGGUAUCUGCAUAUCACCUUCUCCCAAUCGCGAAGGAUAUUGUUCGGAGAUGGCAGAGCGAAACCCAGGAAGCUGCUUCGUCCGGGAAACAAUCUGGUGGUCUCCUUGGCUUCACUUCCUCGGGACAGCGCCAUUCCAUGUCACAAACCAAUUACAUGACCCAAUAUCAUGCAAUUGGCCUUCUUUGCCAGAUUCGAGCCCAUGACCGGAUGGCAAUGGUGAAGAUGGUUCAGCAAUACGGCGCCGGUGCCGUCAAGAGCCCCCCUGCAAUCGUUCUCCUGGUGAGGCUUGCGGCAAAAUUGGCCGAUGAGGACAUUAGUCUACGGAAACCUAUGAUGCAGAUGCUCGAAAGCUGGCUGAGAGGAAAGCAUGAAAUGGUUAUAUUCGAAGCAGCCAAGGCGAUUAGUGAGAUGAAAGAUGUCACUGAUGCUGAAGCCGCUCAAGCCAUCAACGUCUUACAAUUGUACUUGUCCUCUCCACGGACUACCAGCAAAUUCGCCGCCAUCCGACUACUACAUACCUUUGCAUCAUUCAAGCCACAUGUUGUCAACUCUUGCAACCAAGAUAUCGAGGCCUUGAUCUCCAACUCUAAUAGGUCCAUUGCUACAUUCGCCAUCACCACCCUCCUUAAGACCGGAAAUGAAGCCAGUGUUGAUCGCCUCAUGAGCCAAAUCUCUGGUUUUAUGUCAGAUAUUACAGAUGAAUUCAAGAUUACAAUUGUGGAAGCAAUCCGGACACUGUGCCUCAAGUUCCCAAGCAAACAGGCUGGUAUGCUUUCAUUUAUCAGUGGAAUCCUCAGGGAUGAAGGUGGUUACGAAUUUAAGAGAAGUGUCGUUGAGAGCAUGUUUGAUCUCAUCAAAUUUGUUCCAGGGAGUAAAGAAGAGGCCCUUUCCCACCUCUGCGAAUUUAUUGAAGACUGUGAAUUUACCAAGUUGGCAGUCAGGAUACUGCAUCAUCUUGGUGUAGAAGGCCCAAAGACCACUAACCCUACCAAAUAUAUCCGUUAUAUUUACAACCGGGUUGUUCUUGAGAAUUCAACCGUGAGAGCAGCUGCAGUCACCGCCUUGGCCAAGUUUGGCGUCGGUCAGAAAGACCCAGAGUUACGACGAAGCGUUGUCGUGCUCCUCAAACGAUGCCUCGAUGAUACCGAUGAUGAAGUUCGCGAUCGUGCCGCCCUUAACCUCAGGUUAAUUGAUGAUAGUGAAAUCGCAGAACGAUUCAUCGCCAAUGACUCAAUGUACUCCCUAUCCACAUUCGAACACCAGCUUGUUAUGUACGUUACUGCAACGGACAAACAAACCUUCGCGACCGCAUUUGAUAUGUCCAAGAUUCCAGUCGUCUCGCAAGAGCAAGCCCUGGCCGAAGAGAGAACCAAGAAACUUACAUCUGCCACACCUACCCUCAAAGCUCCUACUGCUGGUCCUUCAAAAGCGAAACAAAAUGGGGCCGUCGAUGGUGCAGCCGCAGCCCAAGCAACAACUCAGAAAUUUGCCGAGGAGCUUUCACAAAUACCCGAACUCAAAGAAUAUGGAACCCUCCUCAAAUCGUCUUCGCCUGUUGAGCUUACCGAGCGUGAGACCGAAUAUGUUGUUACCGCUAUAAAACAUAUCUUUAAGGAUCAUAUCGUUGUACAGUAUGAUAUUAAAAACACACUCCCAGAUACUGUGCUUGAGGAUGUAUCUGUCGUAGCGACCCCCUCAGAGGAUGACGAGUCACUGGAAGAGGAUUUCAUCGUCCCUGCCCCGAAACUGGUACCAAACGAGCCUGGAUUGGUGUACGUUGCAUUCAAGAAAGCUGGCGGCGAACACAACUACCCUGUCACAUCAUUCACAAAUAUUUUGAAAUUUACCAGCAAGGAGGUCGACCCGACAACUGGUGAACCUGAAGAGACCGGCUAUGAUGACGAAUACCAAGUGGAGGACCUUGAGCUCACCGGUAGCGAUUAUGUUGUCCCUGCCUUUGCGGGUAACUUCGACCAUCUUUGGGAACAGACUGGCGCCAACGGUGAGGAGGCUAGUGAGACCCUACAGCUAUCUAAUAUGAAGGGCAUAUCAGAUGCUACUGAGCAACUCAUUGCUACUCUCUCCUUGCAGCCUUUGGAAGGUACCGAUGUCGUCCUUAACAAUUCCACACAUUCACUCAAGCUAUACGGCAAGACCGUGUCCGGAGGCAGAGUCACAGGUCUUGUACGGUUGGCAUAUUCAGCAAAAUCUGGCGUCACUACCAAGAUAACCAUCCGGGCAGAAGAAGAGGGUGUCGCUGCCACGCUUAUAACAUCUGUGGCGUGA